CUGAAAUCUGAAGCAAUAAUGGGUUAUAGGACUGUGGUGAUGUACAUGGAGAUAGGCUGCUUUGUAGUAUGUGUGUUUGGAUGGAUUCUGGUCUGCUCCACAAUGCCAACGGAUAUCUGGACUUGGUCUGAAGUCAGCAACGUGGUCCUGGCAUCAUCAAACUACUACUCCAACCUGUGGAAGGACUGCAUAUCUGAUUCAACUGGAGUAUCUGACUGCAAGGGAAUUCCCUCCAUGCUGGCACUGAACUGGGACAUUCACAUGUGCCGGGCUCUUAUCAUCAUCUGUAUUAUCCUGUGUUUCUUCGGAUCAAUUUUGGUCUUAGUUGGAAUGAAGUGCACUAAGAUUGGAGGGUCCGAGCUUGCCAAUGCAAGAGUAACCUUUGCCGGAGGGAUGAACUACCUUAUAGGAGGGAUGUGUUCUAUGAUUGCUUACUCCUACUAUGGAAACAAAAUAAGAGUUGAAUUUGAAGAUCCAAACUACAUGGAACAGAAGUUUGAAAUAGGAGUUGGUGUCUUCAUUGGCUGGGGAGGCUCUACCUUACUUAUUGUUGGAGGACUUAUUUACAGUAUCUUUGCAGGAAGAGAAGGGUGUCACUCAAGCUCAAAGAGGUACGCUACGCACCAGUUCCAAGAUGCCUACACAUUUGUUCCAACACAAAAAAGCGUUGUGUCUUUGGCUCCCACGGAGAUUAGUAGGAGUAAAAAACCAAGGACGAUCAGCAGCAGCAGAGCCAGUAGCAUCUCAGAGAUCAACAGUGUCACCAAGACAUCGGUCACUUACUCAUAUGUGUGA